AACAAACGGUUUCAAACGCUUUUCAUUUCUCAGUGGUGUUAAUUAUGUCAUUUGUCUUUUCCUUGCUAGCUGGCCCAUCAAACAUCAGAUUUUCAGUGUGAUACUUCAAGGUCUGUCAACCCCAACACCAAUUGCAGGGAUGACCAUGACCCACAAGCUAUUUUUCAGUCUGAUCCUUCAAGUUCUGUCAACCCCAACACCAGUUCCUGGAAUGACGAUGACCCACAAGCUAUUUUAGAAACUGCCGAGCUUCACCAAAGCAAUCAAGCUGUAGGAUGUGAAACAAAUGAUUCUAGUGAGAAGUGUGCCGUAACAGUCAUGCAGACCGAUAAUGUCGGUGGACAAAGGAAAUGGGACAAAAAACACUAUUGCUUUUACUGUGAUGAGCCUCAGGCCAAGUUACCCCGUCAUCUUCAGUCGCAUCACAAAGAGGAGAGGGAAGUUGUAGAGAUAGCAUCGGAGACUGACUUUACUGCCCGCAAGAAACUUCUGUUAUACAUCCGCAAUAUUGGUAAUCACAGACACAAUUGCCAAGUCCUUAGAGAGGGAAAGGGUGUCCUUAUUAUAGUAUACAGACCAAAUCAUGAAGCAUCUCCACACGCAUAUGGACCAUGCAUACAUUGUUAUGGCUAUUACGUGCGUCUUGAUCUUUGGCGUCAUCAGUGCCCACUUAAGCCUGCUCUCCCUGCACAGACUGAUGGUAGCAGUAGGAUAGGUCGUGUUAGGGGGCGAGUAGCUAACAAUAGUGAUUUGUUAAAACCACCCCCUGCUGGUGUAUCUUUCCAGUUGAACAAGGUUCUUAGUUCUAUGAGGAGAGACAAUGUUGGUCUGGUUGUCAAGAAUGAUUCUUUGAUUCUGGAAGUUGCCAAACGUGAAUACCUCAGACUUGGCCACGAUGUUACACAACAUGGCUACAUUCGGAACAAACUACGAGAACUUGGUCGUCUUGUUAUACAACUGAGAAAAAACACCCACCAACCAAAUGCAUCACUGGAAGUAUUCGUGCAUCCCCGCCAUCUGAAUGAUAUCGUCAAGGCUGUUCAUGAUGUCGCCGGCUUCAGUGAAGGAAAACAGAUGUAUCACGUUCCAUCUCUAGCACUCAAGAUUGGACACUCCAUCAAGAGAUGUGCACUCAUACUGCAAGCAAGUGCUUUAGAGUUUAAUCUUAGGCAAAAAAAAAAAGCGGAACAGACCGAACAGUUUAGGCAGUUAUGUGAAAUUAAGUGGCCAGAACUUGUGUCAACCCAUGCCCACAGAACACUGUACCAAGGAAAGCGCAACAAACGUGCUGAUCUCCCCACAAAUGCAGAUGUGACGACAGGGGGAAGUAUCCAAAAUGAAACUGGAAGAUUUUCACAAGCGCAGUAG